GCUUCAAAGUCUUUGCAGCGUUGACCCCGGAGCUGCGCCGGAAGAAUCUGCAGCCACCCCCUCUCAUUUCUUACAGUAAUCCCGCCAACCAGAGUCAAGACUCUUGGGUAGAGCAAUCGUCAUCAUGGGUGGCGGACUUAAUUUCCUGAACAAGAAGACAUGGCAUCCUGCCAGGCCGCAGAACCUCGAGGAAGUAUGGAAGCGCGAGCAGGCAGCAGCGGCGGAGGCCAAAAAGGCGGAGGAGCUUCGAAAGCAGCUCGAGGAGGAGCGCAAGCGCAGCGAGUUCGUGCAGAUGGCCAUGGACACGGGGCACCUGAGGAAGGAGGAGCGGCUGGACUGGAUGUAUGCCAGCGGCAUGCAGGCCAAGGUGGACGCCGAGAAGCGGCGCGAGGAGAUGCUGACGGGCAAGGCGGAGGUGGAGCUGCGGCCCGAGCAGCAGGCUGGCACCGAAGUCAGCAGGGCUGAGCAGCUGGCGAACCUGCCGUCCUUCUACGCCCAGGCCACGCCCGCCUCCCAGAACGAGACGUGGAUGCGCCUCAACAACGACCCGCUCUUUGCCAUCAAGCGGCAGCAGCAGGAGCAGCUCGCCAAGCUGCGCGACAACCCCAUCAAGAUGAUGGAGCUGCUGAAGAACCUGAACAAGGCCAAGGAGAAGGAGGGCAAGAAGGAGGGCAAGAAGGAGAAAAAGGAAAAGAAGGACAAGAAGGAGAAGAAGAGCCGUAAGCGGGAGCGCGGCAGCAGUGACAGCAGCGAUGACGAGCGAGCGCCCAAGCGCAGCAGCCCGACCGGCAUGCCACCCCCACCCCCACGACACGCCGACCACCCGCCGGCACGGCGCGAGGACCAGCCGCCACGCCACCCACACGACGCCCCACCGCACUCGCGCGACCACCCGCCGCGCGCCCGCUCCCCGGUCGGGGACCGGGACCGCGGCCGGGAUUGGGAGCGCGAGCGCGAGCGUGAGCGUGGGCGGGAGGAGGGCCGGGGCCGUGGCGAUGACCGCCGCGCUGCCAGCGGCGCCGAGUAUGAGCGCCGUGACCGGGAGCGGGAACGCGGCGAGGAGUAUGGCGGUGAGCGCGGCAGGGCGGAAGACGGGCGGCGGCGGGAGCCGGCAGCCGCUCCUCCGCAUGGUCGUGACGGUCGUGACGGCCGUGAUGGCCGCGACGGCCGGGACCGCGAUCAUGACGGAGACCGCACGCGUGAGCGCGGGCACGAGCGGCACGAGGGCGCACACGGGGACGACCGGCGUGGCGGCAGGCAUGGUGAGGAGCGGCACGGGGACCGGGAGGAGCGGCAGCGCGAGGAGCGGCGGCAGCUGGACCCUGGGUACGGCCUCAAGCACUCGGCCGCGGCGCCUGAGGUGCUGGUGGCGGCGGCGGACACGACGGCGGCGCGCGCGGCGGAGACGCGUGCGCGUCUGGAGGAGGCGCGGCGGGUGCGCGAGGAGGAGGAGCGCGCCAAGGCGGCGCAGCGCUAUGUGCGGAAGGAGUACAAGACCGGCGGCAUGACGGAGGAGGAGCGGCAGCGGAAGCUGGCUGAGAUGCUGGGCAACGCGGACGAGCAUGAGGCGCAGCGCCGCCGGCGGUUGGAGGAGGCGGCGGCGGCCGACGCGGACGACGAGCGGCAGCGGCUGGUGCACCACUCGGACACGGGCCGCGGCGGCGACGCGUUUAAGGACGCCGCCUCACGCGACGUGUACAGCAAGUUGCAGGGGUCGCUCGAGGCGCGCGUGAAUUCGCGUCGGCACUUUAGCGCGCGCUGAGGGCGCCACCGGUAGUGUUUCGGCGUGUUCGUGGAGGCGGAGGCUCGAUAGGCGGGAUGGCUCAAGAACUUUCGGGUGGUGGGGAAGAGCGUUUGCGGCCAGAGGUGCUGGUGGCUGAUGGGUGAAGGGUCUGGGAGUUGUUCAGUGCACUGUAUUGGUAGUUACCUGUUGGCAUGGCGGAUGAGCGUGGUGCGAUGGGCGGAGCGGGGACUUGCGUGCCAUGACUUGACACAGGUCGACAAUGCGGCGGUAGCCGGAUUGAGAACUACCUGACCUUAGCGGGCGCUUGCAGGCAAAUUGUUGUGUAAUCUGUAUACGUU